GUAGAUACCGCGCAUGCGUUUUCGCGUUCGGGAGACUUCGCUGCUCGGUCCAAAACACACGGGGAAUACCUCUCUUACAUCGGUGAUUCUUCAUUUUUGCUUGCUGCAUCUGAGCCGUAAUCAUGGUGUGCAUUCCCUGCAUUGUCAUUCCUGUCCUGCUGUGGGUCUACAAGAGGUUCCUGGAGCCAAUCAUCUACCCUUUCAUUUCACCAUUUAUUAAUACAUUCUGGACCAAAAAAGCAGUCCAGGAGACUGGCAAUGGUGACCAAAAAGCUUCUGAAACCAGUAAUGGGACUUGCAAGCCUGAAAGCAAUGGUGUGGCCACAGCCAAUGGAGCCCCUAUAACAGCAGACAAGAAGAUGGACUGACAGCACUUUACAUUUAUAAUAUGUCUUAACCAGUGUAAAUAUUCAACAGAAAAAACAGAGAGAAACUAUAGAUUAACUUAUCAGAGUCAUCUCCAUGUCGUGUGUAUUAUGUUUUUUAAUUUUGUCCUUUGUGUAACAGUUACUUUGAGAAAUUUAUUAUUGAUACAUUUUAUUUGUUGAUAAUGAAUUGAUCCAUGCAUAUACUGUAUAGAAUAAACUAUCUCAAAUAAGUAGGUUUUCUAAGUGAAAUGAGUUUAAAUAAAUCAGUCAUUCUAAAUCUU